AUGAUCGAUUCAGAUACACAUCCAGUCGGUGUAGAAAGGCAUACCAGUUGUGAUGUCGACAAACCGCGUAAAAUUGUGAAAAAACAGAGAAAAUACGAUGAAAGCUAUAUUAGUUUCGGAUUUAUAAACGCUAACGACAACCCACAAUGUGUCAUGUGCAGCAAAAUACUUCCAAACAGUUCAAUGGCGCCAGCUAAAUUGCGACGUUAUUUGGAAUCUGUACAUCAGGAGUUUAAAGAUAAGAAUAUGGAAUUUUUUAAACGCAAACGCGAUGAACUUUUAAAGGUGCAAAAAUUCAUGUUCGAUUCCUCACACACUGUUAAUGAAAACGCUACUGAGGCAUCUUUUUUAGUUAGCUACCAAAUAGUAAAGGCCGGCGAAGCUCAUACCAUAGGCGAGACGCUGAUCAAGCCAUGUGCGAUUAAUAUGGCUAGGUGUAUGCUCAACGAGAAGUCUGCAAAGGAAAUAAAUAAAAUUCCUUUAUCAAAUGAUACAGUUUCUCGGAGAAUAAAGGAACUAGCAGGCAAUGUAACAACUGAGCUUAUAUGGCGUCUCAAAUCAUCCAACUUUGCUCUACAAAUGGACGAAUCAACAGACGUGGCAGGUCUCGCAAUUUCACUCGUAUUAGUUAGAUAUCAGCACGAAAAGUCCAUGGCAGAAGAUCUUCUUUUGUGCAAAUCAUUACCGACCAAUACAACUGGAGCAGAAAUUUUCAAUAUGCAAAAUUCGUAUUUUGAGGAAAAUAAUAUACCGUGGGAAAACUGCAUUAAUAUUUGUACAGAUGGUGCAAAGUCCAUGGUUGGCAAAACUGCUGGUGCUGUGGCUCGGAUUAAACAAGUGGCAAAGAACUGUACGAGUAGUCAUUGCGUGAUACAUAGACAAGCACUUGUCUCGAAAAAAAUGCCUAUUGAUUUAAAAAACACCCUGGACGAAGUUGUUAAGAUAAUAAAUUUUAUAAAAUCACGGCCUCUGAACAACCGAGUAUUUAAAAUUCUGUGUGAUGAUAUGGGAAGCCUUCAUUCUUCAUUGCUGCUUCACACAGAAGUAAGAUGGUUAUCCCGGGGAAAAAUAUUGGUGCGUUUUUUUGAGCUGAGAGAUGAAGUACGUGUAUUUCUCCUUGAUCACCAUUUUGAUUUGAAAAACAGAUUGUCAGAUCAAGAAUGGUUUUUUAAAGUUGCCUAUCUAGCUGAUAUUUUCUCAAAAAUUAAUGAAGUUAACCUUGCACUUCAAGCAAAACAAGUUAAUAUUUUCAAUGCCAAUGAUAAGCUUUUGGCAUUAAACAGAAAAUUACAGUUUUGGACCAGUUGCAUACGUCGUCGAGAUUUAGAUUGCUUUCCCACUCUGCAUGAUUUUUUGGAACAAGUAGGUACUGAAAUCACAAAUAAGCAGUAUGAACAAAUUGUCCAGCAUCUGGAAGGCUUGGUUGAUUCAAUAACGCAGUACUUCCCCAAUGAAGAACGUGAAAAACUGGAAAAUGAUCUGUGGGUUCGAAAUCCAUUUAAUAUUACUGAAAAACCUACUUCCUUUUCAACUUCGGAGUAUGAAAACUUUAUAGAGAUGGUGUCGGAUACUACAAUGCAAUCCAUUUACAAAGAGCUACCUCUUGUAGAUUUUUGGUGCAGUUUGAAAGACGAGUAUCAACUGUUAUAA